GUUUCUGAUUGGAGGAUGAAAUAGAGGAAGUAGCGUCAUUGCCGUACUGGGGCGCACGCUAUGGCGGAGUUCGGGAGAUGACCUGUAUUUGCUGGAAGAAGAAAGACGAUUCCCCAGAUUGAUUUUGCUGCAUUGAUAUUAGUAAUUGAGCGCUUGAAGUGAAUCCAGAAGAAAAAAUGAAGAGUGGAGUGGCACAGAUGAAUUCUGGUUCUGGCUAUGAAAGGAAGGAAGCUUACAGUCCUCGCCAGAGAAGUUCAUCUCCAGAAGACAGGUACGUGGAGCGUCGGAGGUCUCGGUCGCCACCACCCAAAGGUUAUUCCGACCAUAGCAGACAUGACCGAGAAUAUUCAGAAAAGGGACGUCAUGGUGACAAAUACACAGAAUCAAGGGGAAGAGAGAGACAGGAAAGAGAGAAGGAAUCUGACUGGAGAAGAUACAGGAGAUCCCCUUCACCUGACAGAAGAAAUGCAGCAGAGAGAUCAUCAUUUCAGAGCUCUCUUCCUCAUGAUGAACCCCCUCCAAAGAAGAAGAAAGAGGAUUUGGAUCCCAUCCUUACCCGCACGGGGGGCGCAUACAUUCCUCCAGCAAAACUUAGGAUGAUGCAAGCACAAAUCACUGAUAAAAAUAGUUUAGCAUAUCAAAGGAUGAGUUGGGAAGCCCUGAAGAAAUCCAUCAAUGGCCUCAUCAAUAAAGUGAACGUUUCAAAUAUCGAGAAUAUUAUCCAUGAACUCCUUCAAGAAAAUAUUGUGAGAGGAAGGGGGUUACUGUCAAGAUCCAUCCUGCAAGCCCAGAGUGCUUCACCAAUCUUCACUCAUGUUUAUGCAGCAGUUGUAGCGAUCAUCAAUUCAAAGUUUCCAAAUAUUGGAGAGCUGAUUCUCAAGAGGCUCAUUUUAAAUUUUCGCAAAGGUUACAGAAGAAAUGAUAAGCAACUUUGCCUGACAGCUUCCAAGUUCGUUGCACAUCUGAUGAAUCAGAAUGUGGCGCACGAGGUUUUGUGUUUGGAAAUGCUCACCUUGCUUCUGGAAAGGCCUACAGAUGACAGUAUUGAAGUAGCAAUUGGGUUUCUAAAGGAAUGUGGCCUCAAGUUGACUGAAGUGUCUCCUAGAGGUGUUAAUGCCAUCUUUGACCGCCUUCGUCACGUUCUGCAUGAAUCUGAAACAGACAAGCGAGUUCAGUACAUGAUAGAAGUCAUGUUCGCUGUGCGUAAAGAUGGGUUCAAAGACCACCCGAUAAUUCCAGACGGACUGGAUCUUGUGGAGGAGGAGGAUCAGUUUACCCAUAUGCUGCCUUUGGAAGAUGAAUAUAAUCAGGAAGAUGUUCUCAAUGUGUUCAAGAUGGAUCCUGACUUUAUGGAGAAUGAAGAGAAGUACAAAGCUCUGAAAAAAGAAAUUCUAGAUGAAGGUGACAGUGACUCAGAAACUGGUCAAGAUGGUGGAAGUAGUGAAGAGGAGGACGAAGAGGAGGAAGAUAAGGAGGAUGAGGAGGAUGAAGAAGGACAAAAAGUGACUAUCCAUGAUAAAACAGAAAUCAACUUGGUCUCCUUCCGCCGGACCAUUUACCUUGCAAUUCAGUCAAGUUUAGACUUUGAAGAAUGUGCUCACAAAUUGCUGAAGAUGGAUUUUCCUGAAAGCCAAACGAAAGAACUAUGCAACAUGAUACUUGAUUGUUGUGCUCAGCAGAGAACAUAUGAGAAAUUCUUCGGCUUGCUAGCUGGGCGUUUCUGUAUGUUGAAAAAAGAAUACAUGGAAUCAUUUGAAGCCAUUUUCAAAGAGCAGUAUGAUACCAUACACCGGUUAGAAACCAACAAGUUGAGGAAUGUCGCCAAGAUGUUUGCACAUCUUUUGUAUACGGAUUCGCUUCCAUGGAGCGUCCUUGAAUGCAUAACCCUAAGUGAAGAAACUACAACAUCGUCCAGUAGGAUUUUUGUUAAGAUAUUCUUCCAAGAACUUAGUGAAUAUAUGGGACUUCCUAACCUUAAUGCAAGGUUGAAGGAUGAAACUCUGCAACCAUUUUUUGAAGGAUUGCUACCUCGGGACAAUCCAAGGAAUACUAGAUUCGCCAUCAAUUUCUUCACUUCGAUUGGUCUUGGAGGACUAACAGAUGAGCUACGGGAACAUCUGAAAAACGCACCCAAAAUCAUCAUGACACAGAAACAAGAUGUGGAGUCGUCGGAUUCGUCGUCGGAUUCAGAAUCCGAUUCAUCUGGUUCAGGGGAUGAUGCUAGCAGCAGUAGCGGCGGUACUUCAGGGUCCUCCAGUGGGAGUGAAUCAUCCUCUGACAGCAAGCACAGCAGUGACUCAGAUGUAAAAAGAAGGAAGUCACAAAAGAAGAAAAUAUCAGACAAAGGUACCAAGAGUAAACAAGGAAGUAAAAAAAAACAGCUGGAAAAGAAAAAAGAAGGGCGGCAGUCUGAAAAGGAAAAUGGUGCCGGGAGAAACUCAGAAAGGAAUGCUGACAAAAAUUCAAGAGACACAAAUAGCAGAGACGAGGCAUCACAGAAACUUUCUUAUGAAAGAGAUUAUUCCAGUGACAGGAACAGCUACUGGGGUGGAAAGGACAGGGAUCAGGAAAGAACUAUCCCUUUAGAAAGCAAAACUAGUCAUUCUAAAAAGAAGAGAGCAGAAAGAAGACAUUCUUUUUCAGAAGACGAAGGGAGGGACAGACACCAUAGUAAAGAUGCCGAACUCGACAGAAGAAGAAAGGGAAGAUCAAAGUCGAGAGAGAGACCCCGCAACUAUCCCAGUCCCAGGGAAGAUGAGCAACACAGCCGAUAUCCAGACCAGUUUAAAGAGUCAAGAAAGAAUGAGGGCAGGCGCAGACAAAGAGGGGAUUCCCCACAUAGACGCAAAUAACUCUAGGAGAUUUUGACAAGUUACCUUAUGGUGAGAACUGUAUUUUUACAACAACUUGAACAAUUUUUAAAAAGGACCUUUUAUACAAAAUACUUGUAAACAUUAGUGGACCUUUUACUGUUGUCAAUACUCCAUCUUUUUAUGGUCACUGUUAAUUGUUGAAGCUUUCUGCUUAGCUUCUAUGUAGAGAUGAGAAUUAAUUCCAUUCUAUUUUGUCAAUAAAGCAGGGGAAAGGUUCAUUUUAUUGAAAGAUUGAUGUUUUGCUAACGUUUUCCUAAUUUUUAUUUCUGUUUUUUAAAAGUUCUAGACAUUCCUGACGUUUCAUUUGUUAAGAUUAUUUUCAGACUCCAGUACAGAUGUUAAAAGAUUUGCUUCGGAAAUAACAGAUAUGCUGCAUAUGUGUGAACUCUGAAGCAAAAUAGAAUUGAUGGCAGUUUUAUUUUUUUGUUUCGAUGUGAACUGCAAAUAGCUUCCUUGGGGCCCUGAAAGAUUUGAUAACCUCCACUUGCCUAGUCGGGUUCUUUUUUUCCGGAGGGUGGGGAUCUGAGCUGGAGGAUAAAGUUUAAAAGAAAAAAGCUGAUGUGAGACUUCGGUUUCGUCAAAACCAAGAAAAAUAAGCAUGUACUGCAUAAAUGGUGUUAAUAAUUCAUUCAUGGGCCAAGCUCUGCUCUCAGGUGAAAGCAAUGGAUACAAAUCAUAAAGUGGUUCAUGCAGCUGACAAAACCUAUUUUUCUUCAGAGCUUAAAAAUAUGCAACUGAAUGGGUGCAAAUGCCAGAGUUCUGUUCUAAUUUUAAAAAGUAAAAAAGUUUUAAAAAUGUGCUCCACAUUUUGAGUAACGCUCAGUUCACGCAACACUUUUCUCAACGGUGGUGUAACAACUCCACUGUUGAGAAAUGUGUUGUCUGGAGGGAAAACUCCACCCCAUGGUGGAGUUUUUUUAAAAAACAACACUCCACCCUGAAUCUCCACACUGCGCCAAGGAGAGUUCCUGCACAACAGUUGUGUUCCAUGUUGUCUGGAGGGCUCCGUGGAGUUUCCUGUUGAAUUGAGUCGAGUUUUCCAGUAGCCAUAGAGUUCUUUGGCAAGAGUGGCAAAAGGAAGGAAUGCUGCUCUAAGAGAGCUGCUGAGAUUGUGUGUUUUUUUCAGCAGUGGCUGGUGGGAUACCAUUGGGAGGACUGUGGGAGGAGAGAGGGCAGAGGAACUGUCCAUAAAACGCUGCGUUGAUUUUUACUCCACUCCACAGGAGGCCACACCCACACAACGGUGGAGUUGGAACAUGUUGUAUGGUGAGUACCCCCUACAAACUCCACCACUGAGUGGAGUUUUCCCCCUGAGUAGAGAAAAGCGUUGUGUGAACUGAGCCUAAGAUUGGUUAACUCUGUCCUAGCUUGAAUAAGAACUAAGGUAACUAAAGAUUGCUGGUCGUUUUAUGUAAGUUCAUUUUAUGACUUGACUGUCACAAAACAAAGCUCUGCAGGUUAAUUUAUUUAUUUUCUAAAAAGAUGUGUGGCUUCGCAGAACAUUAUAUGAAGCUGGCAUGUGUAUUUAUACAGUAUUGUUUCACUUCUGCUGAAAAGUAUUUGUAUUUACAAUAACGACAAUGAGUUAAGAGUCCAUGAAGUCACGAAGAGUCGGAAGCGACUGAAUGAAUAAACAACAACAGGGCCUGAUAUCAUUUUCUAACUUUAAGAUCACAAACACCAUCUUUCUUUCUUUCUUUGUUAAUGGGGUUUGGAUGAGCGGUUCAACUAUUGCAUCAAAUUCAGAAUUAAAAAUACUUAAAAGCAAUGGGAAAGCUUUGCUUUGGCAACUUGCUGUACAAAUAGUGGUGUGCUGUUUUAUACUCACUUUGAAUAAUUGUUCCAUUGAUCUCCAGAAUUUGGCUGAGCAACAUCUGGGAUAGAUA